AUGUCGGCACCGAAGCUGUUCCUCUACGACCAUCCGGUCUCCUCUUACGCCCAAAAGGUGCGAAUGGCACUUCGACACAAGCAGAUUCCAUUCGAGAAGGAGACGCCCAAGAACUUGGGCUCUGGAGAACAGAAUGACGACUUCGCUUCCGCCAACAUGCGCAUGGAGGUCCCAGCACUGGUCGAUGGCGACUUCAAGAUCUUCGGCUCCUCCGCCAUCCUCAUGUAUCUGGAAGACAACUUUCCGACCACGCCCAAGCUGCUGCCGGAAUCUCCUCAAGCUCGCGCUGAGGCCAGAAUGAUCGAAGAUGUCUGUGACAGUCAGUACGAGGCUGUGAACUGGUGCAUAGGCGAGAUCAAAUGGUUUGAGCGUGCUACAGGACCAGAGGCAGAGCGUCUCCUUGCCGCUUUGGUCGAUCAAACAAAGCAGUUGCAAGUGUGGCUGGACAACCUUCUUGGUUCAAAGCCAUUCUUCUCCGGCGACAGCGUCGGCUACGCAGACUUUGCAGUCGCUCCGAUUGUCAAUCGAAGCGUCCACUAUGGGGGUGCCUUUGGACCCGCGGACGGCAGUGCUCUCCAGCAAUGGCACGCGAGAGUCCGUGAAAUCCCAGUUGUGAGAGAGACAUUCGCUGAGAUGGUGGAGGGCACAAAGAUGAUGAGUGCUGCGGGUCCAAAUAGCUUCAAGCCGCAUGGCGGGAGGAGGAGAGAAUAUCGUGACCACCGUCUUGAGGUCUUGAUCAAGAUUGGUGGUAUCAAUAUCGUGCAGAAGGGGUUGGAGGACGACAACAUUCGCUUUUCGUGGCCUCAGCCAAAGUAG